CGCCUUUGACGACAUUUCUGCGCGCCGGAAAAGAAAGAGGUUCCGUGUACUUCUUGGCUGUUAGCGCAGCUUCGAGGGUCGGGCUCCGCUAUGCGGAUCACCGGGAAGACUUUCCGCCGGCGCCGGGCUGACUCGGAGUCAGAGGAGGAUGAACAAGAAUCAGAGGAGGUUCGGUUAAAACUGGAAGAAACCCGAGAGGUGCAAAACUUGAGGAAGAGGCCAAACGGGGUGAGUGCUGCUGCCCUGUUGGUGGGAGAGAAGGUUCAAGAAGAGACUACUCUUGUGGAUGACCCUUUCCAGAUGACCACAGGUGGCAUGGUGGACAUGAAGAAGCUGAAGGAGCGGGGCAAAGAUAAGGUCAGUGAAGAGGAGGAUCUGCACCUGGGGACAUCGUUUUCUGCGGAGACCAACAGGCGGGAUGAGGAUGCAGACAUGAUGAAGUACAUUGAGACAGAGCUAAAGAAGAGGAAGGGGAUCGUGGAGCAAGAGGAACAGAAGGCCAAGCCCAAGAACGCCGAGGACUGCCUCUAUGAGCUGCCAGAGAACAUCCGCGUCUCCUCUGCCAAGAAGACUGAGGAGAUGCUGUCCAACCAGAUGCUGAGCGGCAUCCCUGAGGUGGACCUGGGCAUAGAUGCCAAGAUAAAAAACAUCAUUUCCACGGAGGAUGCCAAGGCCCGGCUGCUGGCAGAGCAGCAGAACAAGAAGAAGGAUAGCGAGACAUCUUUCGUGCCCACCAAUAUGGCUGUGAACUAUGUGCAGCACAACCGCUUUUACCACGAGGAGCUCAAUGCACCCAUCCGAAGAAACAAAGAAGAGCCCAAAGCCCGGCCCUUGAGAGUGGGUGACACAGAGAAGCCAGAGCCUGAACGGUCCCCUCCCAACCGCAAGCGUCCUGCUAACGAGAAGGCCACAGAUGACUACCACUACGAGAAGUUCAAGAAGAUGAACAGGCGCUACUGAGGCAGCGGUAGGGGCUGAGCAGACAGGAGGGGCGGUUAUUGCACUCGCACAUGCACUCCCGCUGGGCCCCGGCAGACAGGGCCCUGCAGAGAACCUGCUUUUUACCUGUUGGGGUCCCCAUCAGACAGUGCUUCUGUUUAGCUGCUGGAUUUCUGUUCUGGUUUUGUUUGGGGACUAUGUCUCCCUGUAUAUGCCAAGCUGGCCCUGAACUCCCACCUCCCAGUACUGCUGGGAUUUUAGACCCACCCCCACCCCUGCCUGGCAUUUCAAGCACUGACUUUGUAACUUCCAAAACAAAACAUGUGAAUAGGUCUGUGUUGUUUCCUACCUGAGGCAAACUAUUUGAAAGCAUGCUAUUAAAUUGUUUGUAAAUA